UUAGAUAAUUUGUAUACUGCAUUACUGUAUAUUGCUAUUUCUCCGGAGUCCGGAUCAUUUAAAAAAAAAAAAAAAUUAAUUAAUUAAUUAAACAAUGUAUGAAAAAGUUUCAAAAGACAAUUUUUUCCCUUCAAAAUGUAAAUAAGUUGGUCAGAUUAUUGAUAGUUGUGAGAUUGUUUAAAAGAAUUAGGUACUUGUGUUAAUUGUCAAACACCCUCAAAAUGGUUAAAAAAAAAAGUAAAAAAUUGUCCUCUCAAAAUAGCAGUUCACCAAAUAAACGCUCUCAAGGAUCAAUUAAAAAAUAUUGUACCAAAAAAAAAACCAACAAGAAAAAAAACCUUUGUGUUAAACUUAGGAAAAAUAUAAAGGGCAAAGAUAAUCAAAGUGAAAUUAAUUCUACUCCAAUUAUUUUGAAUAGUAAAAAUAAUAAAAAGAAAAAAUAUUUGGAGAAUGUUGAAAAUAACCUAAUGUUAUAUGAAAUCAAACCAUUAAGUCCUACAAAACUCUCAAUAAGUGUAAAAAAGUUCUACAAUAAUAAUAAAUUCAAACAAUAUGAAGAAAAUUUACAUUUAUACGACAAAAAUGAUACCAUGCAUUUUAAGGAAACGAUGACAAUUAAUACAAAUAUAAAUAAAGAUAAUAAAGAUGUCAAACAUAAAAGUAUUAUAAAUUGUGAAAAGAAUUAUAGCAGACAUAAAAAGAAGCUUAAAAAUGUUAAUUAUCAUAAACCAUAUGAUUUGAACCCACAACUAAAUAAAGAACAAUAUAAAAAGAAACAGAAAUCUAAUAAAACUGAGUCUACAAAAGUUUUUAGUAAAGAGGGUGACUUUGAAAAUGAUCAAAUGCAUUUUAAUUCUUUACAAUCACAAAUAAUGAAUGAAACUCAGACAAAUGAAUAUCUUGUUGAAGAAUACCAAGUAACAAAAUCUACAAUUAAUGCUCUCUCAAUAUCUGUUAAGCGUUUUUACAAGAGUAAUAUCACAUCUAACGAUAAUGAAAAAGUCAUCAAGGAUAUGCCACUUGUUUCUGAUACUACAUUUAAUUCAAAAGCAGAUUUUAAUCAGUCUCCUUUAUCGUCAAAAUUAAAUAAUAGUCAUAAAAUAAGUUUAAAUGUAAAACAUAUAAACGAUACAUCUGAUAAUAAGCAACAAAAAGUCACUGCAUUUUUCCCUAUCCGAAGAAGUGCUCGUAAAACAAAAAAUAUAGUUAACGAAGAAAAACAAAUUGCUUUAGAAGAAGCAAUUGCUUCACAAAACGAAGAUGGAUUAAAAAUAACUGUAUUUCCAAAUAAAGGUCGUGGUAUAAUUGCUGCCAAAGAUUUUGCUCGUGGUGACUAUGUUGUUGAAUAUUCUGGAGAAUUAAUUUAUAUACAAGAAGCUCGUAAAAGAGAAGCUAUAUAUUCACAAGAUAUCUCGACUGGUUGUUACAUGUAUUAUUUCAAAUAUGGUUCAACACAUUACUGUAUUGAUGCAACACCCGAAAGUUCAAGACUUGGCAGACUUGUAAAUCAUUCAAGAUUUGGUAAUCUUAUACCUAAAGUUGUAGAAGUAGCUGGAUUACCUAGAAUUGUUUUAAUCGCAAAAACUGAUAUCAAACGAGAUGAAGAAUUGACCUAUGAUUAUGGUGAUCGUAGCAAAGAAUCUCUCAUCAAUCAUCCAUGGCUUGCAUAUUGAACUGUACAUUUUAAUAUAAUGAAAUUUACCUUAGCAUAUUUUUUUUACUAAUAAAUUAAUCUUAAUUAAAAUAAUUUUAAAAUUUGCACUGCCAAUAAUUAUAUUAACAUUUAUUAGCCUUAAAGGAUAAUUUUAUUUUAAAUUAUUCAUCAAAUGAAAAAUGUUAUUCAAAUUGUCUUUUAUAAUGUCAAAUGUAUAAUAUAUUUUUUUUUAAAUUCAUCUUACUCAUAUAAAUCUUUUAGGUCAAUUUAAUUGUUUUAUUAAAAAUUAUUUUUAAAUUAAUGUUAAACGAAAAUUUACUUGGAUAAAUAAGAUAAAGUAAAGGGUCAACAUUCACGUGUUUGUCUGUUUGGAGGGCAGAUUAUUUCUGAUACGAUUUUGACUUUUGACAGGUAACAGAGUAAUUCUGUCCUUCUCACCGGCAAUCUUACCCCAACAUUUGACCCUUACUAUGCUAAAAAUUUUAUUUCACUAAUGGGUCAGAGUUCUCAUUAUUUUCUGUAAUUCCACACAUAUUAUGUUCUAUUUACUUAUUUUAAUACUACAUGUUAGUGUUCAAUUUAUCAAAUUGCUCAGAUUAAUGAUUUUAAUUGUAUUCGUAAAGCUUAAUGUAUUAAUUUAUAUAUUUUUUUUCAAUAAUGGUCAUUAUUGAAUGUUAUUUAUAAAAUAUUGGCCUUAUAACUUGGAGUCUUUUUAAAACUUAAGUAUUUGCAAUAGCAAUAUUUUUGAUUUGUUAUUUACUUCCAGUAAAUUUAAAAUUGUGUAUAAUUAUUGUAUAGUUGAAAAACAAAAACUUAUUUUCAGAACUUCAAUUUUUAAUAAUUAUAUUAAUUUAUUAAUUUAUUUUUUUUUAAAUAAUAAAAAGUUCUGUUUAAAAUUUUGAAUUAUAUAUCUGAUUUUUUAAAAACUAAAUAGGUAUUUUCUAGUAUUUAAAAUUUGUUAAAAGUGGAUUAUUUGGUGAGCUCUAAACCAAAUAACCUACAAUUCAUUGUUAAGUGAUUUUAUCAAGACUGUACUGAUUCAUUAAUUUAUAAUUAUUAUUAUUUAUUUAUUUAUUUUUGAGACUGAAAAGUUCAUUAAAAAUAUGUAAUAGUAUUUAUCUACCAAUGUAUUUUAUUUUUGGUGUUAUUGGUAUAUUUAUUAUACACAUAAGCUUCCCAACUAUGACAACAAGUCAAUUUUUAAAAAUGUUCAAUAGUAUAUUAUUUUUCAAUAAUUUAAAUUAUAUUAUCGAUAUGGUGGUACUUAGCAAUAACUUGUGUUCUGUAUUCAUAUUGUGUUUAAAAUAUAAUUUAUGUAUUUUAUGUAGUUUUAGAAACUGUUAUAUUGUUAUGGAUACUUAUUUAUGUGUUCUCUAUUUUGGACUGUACAAAAUGUCUAAGCCGCAUUAAUUAAGACUUAUAAAUGUUCAUUACAAAAUAUAUUUAACACAAUAAAAUAUUAUUCAUAUAUUGUUAUAUGUUUUACAAAUUUUAGGCAAAUUCCAGUCAGAAAUGUAAUAAUUGUUCUUGGUUAAUGAUUUUACAAAUUUACUUUGACGUUUCAAAAUAAAUUCUUUGUUGUA